AGAAAAUUGUGGAGUUCAGAAAAAAAAAGAAAAAAAUUACGAGGGAGUAGCGUGGGAUCACGGAGGGAUCGCCUAAUAAAGUCUUCGUCACGCAGGACUAUGCCAUCCUACGCACUCAAUCAGUUUAUUGACCUGGAUGAUGUCCUGUGCAAGCAAAUUUUAAAUCUUGAUCUUCGAGAGCCAAUGAAACCCUCACACGCGGCUGCUGUUGGAUAUAGGAAGCCUGACAGUCCCUGCACACUUUCUUCCACCAGUUCAGGACUUUCUAUUGACAGCAUUGAGAGCGGGACCAUGAGCUCAAGCUACUGGGGCCCCCAGACAGUAUCAUCUCCGCCAAAGUGGACCAAGAUGUCCUUUUGGUCCGAACGCUCCGUUAGCAUGAUGGAGGGCAGCACUGGAAGUCUGGGUUGGUCUUCUGCUGAACCCGGCCAUUUACAGCAAUCUUCAGUCAGGUCAGAUGCCGUUUCCCUGUCUGGCUCCACGUCUUCGAUUUCUGUGACCUCUUCGCGUUACAAGACCGAGCUGUGCCGCACGUUUGCCGAAAGAGGCAUGUGCAAAUACGGUGGCAAGUGUCAGUUCGCACACGGUCCCCAAGAGCUGCGAGACCUCAACCGUCACCCGAAAUACAAGACCGAGCCCUGCCGCACUUUCCACUCCAUCGGCUUCUGCCCCUACGGCAUCCGCUGCCAUUUCGUUCACAACGCCGAAGACGAUCAAGAGCAAUCCCGACCCCAGACCUCCCACCCCGCUGUCCAACGGCCUCCCCUCCUCAAGCAGAGCUUCAGCUUCGCCGGGUUUCCCACAACUCGCCAACCUCUAGAAACCCCACUAGCGCCUUCCACGUUCCUGCGCGCACCUACCGUUUCAACUCCGACAUCGACUGCCAUGUCCGACCUUCUCUCCCUGGCCUUCCCUGAUAUAGACCCAAACACCCUUCUGGACCAGGCCCGAGAGUCGCAGCCUCAAUUUUUGCCCUCUCCUGACUCGGGCUACUCGCACUUGGGACUGACACCCACUUUGUCACCCACACAGCGCGCCCCUUUCCAGCCUGAGGCCUGCUUGCGACACAGUCCCACCGGCGGGGCUUCUCUAGGCCUCCGAAGCCUGUCCCACACCUCUCUCUCAGACCACGAGGGUGGCAGCUGCAGUUCGUCCAGCAGCAUGAGUGGCUCAGAAUCGUCUUUCGGGCCCGAAGCCAGCGGGCGCAGGCUUCCCAUCUUCAGCCAGCUUUCGGUACCCGAUGACAGCAUCUACAACGAAGGCAGCAACUCCAGCACAAGCUUCUUCCUGUAGACUGUCGCUCCUCACAGGGACUGAACUGUAUACUGUGGUAUACCUACUGUAUUAUAUGGCCGAUACUUGACAUUUUAGUUAAGCUCAGAGUGAAACAUACUGUUUGAAGAUAGUGAAUGUUGAAAUUAUUCUUUAAGUGGGGUUUUCAUGUGCUUUUAAGCGGAGCGGUUCUCCACGUUUUAUUUUUUGACGACUGAAAAGACAAGUGGGGAAAAUAAUUAACUUGGAAAGUUCUGGCAUUGAGAUGUUGUUUGGUAAUAUAUGAAGCUGUUAACUUUUAAGAUGCAUUUAGCAAUCCGCUAUUUACAAAUGUAUUGUACCGAAAUAGCCAAAGAGAGGUUAUGACAAGGUCUUUUUCAAUAUUUGAGAGAUUCAUUGUACUUCUUCUAACUAGAGA